AUGAUGACGUCAGUUGCUGUUGGUAAGACCAAGAGUGCAGACAGCAAGAUUUGUGUUCUAGGGAACCCUGGAGUAGGCAAAUCUGCUCUUGUUGUCAGGUUUCUCACAAACCGUUUUAUCUGGGAGUACGACCCAACUUUGGAACGGGUCUACAGACACCAGACUCUACUGGAUGAGGAGCCGACCCUGAUGGAAAUCCUCGACACAGCCGGAUAUGAUGACAGUAUUCACCAGGAAGGCAACAUCCGCUGGGCCGAGGGCUACAUCCUCGUCUACGCCAUCAACGACCGGCUCAGUUUCGAGGCGGUGGCGACGCUCAAGCAGCAUCUGGACCAGGUGAAGAAAACCAGCGUGCAGUGUGUGCUUGUGGGCAACAAGGUUGACCUUCUGCAUGAAAGACGGGUAACCACAGAUGAAGGUGAGCUCUUGGCCCAGGAGAUGGCGUGUGCAUUUUUCGAGACAUCUGCAAGUGAUGGAGGCGAGGAUAUUCCCGAGUUGUUCUACGAACUUCACAGAGACAUUAAAAGACGCAAAAUGGCUGAAUGCAAAGGAAGACGGCGCUCUUCAGCUCAACAAGUGAAACAUGUUCUUAACCGGAUGUUGAAUAAGAUUGGUAGUUAA